GCGCGCAUUUCUUGGUCAUACCAAAUAUAAAUAUCCGCUUGUAAACAAAACAAUUGGUCAUGGAAUCCAUUUGCUCCACUUUGGAGCUGCAGUUUCCCUGUCGGGAGGCGGCAAUUGGCACCCUGGGUGGGCUUAUUGGCGACUCCAAAGAGCCUUACCCUGCGGCUAUUUACUUGUUCGGCCACAGUGGAACCGGCAAAACCGCUUUGACCAAAGCUUUCCUUAGGGAGUGCAACAAAAGACAGAAUGUCAGGAUUUCCCAUUUAAAUGCCAUCGAAUGCUACACCACCAAGAUCAUGUUAGAGAUCUUGCUGGAUUCCCUGGCACCGGAAGAAGUGGACUCUCUCAAGGCGGACAAUAUGCUGGAUAUUGUGGAGCAACUGCGUCGAUGGCACAAUGUUUCAGGGGUCGGUUCCCAGAGUUUCCUUAUUGCUGUCGAUAAUGCGGAACGCCUGCGGGAUAUGGAUGCCAAUGUUCUACCAGUACUCCUUCGAUUGCAACAGCUGACCAGCUUGAAUCUAUGCGUCAUUCUUUUGUCGCAGCUUCCCUUCGAAAAGUUUUACAACAAGACAGGAUUGAGUGAAGUUAUUGGACUGCAUUUGGCACAGUACAACAAGGCUGAAACACAGCGUAUUCUGGGAUCGGAUUUCGCCCAGGUGCGCACUCAACUACUGGAGCAGUAUGCCCAGGAUAAUAAGCGCCUGGAGAUUUGCAGGGAAGCCAUCACGGAGGAAUUCUACAAUAACUAUCUGAAUCUCUUUUUAAGCGUGUUCUACAAAGCUUGUCGAGAUGUUCCUGAGCUCCAGUUGACGGCUAGGAAAUGCAUGGACAUUUACCUAGAGCCCGUUUUGGAUGGCAGUGUGGAGGCCACGGAUAUCUCCCGACUUUGGCGACAUAUAGCUGGACCUUUGCGCUCAGCCCUCACACAGAUUUAUAUGCGAAUAGAAAAACCGCCAGAGGAGAGUUACGAUUUUACCGCUUUGGAGGAUCAGAGCGUUCGCAAGAUGGCGCAGUCGUUGGAGCUUCCAUACUAUGCAAAAUACCUCCUGAUUGCCGCAUUUCUAGCCAGUCACAAUGCAGCCAACCAGGACAAGCGGUUGUUUGUGAAACAUCAUGGAAAGCAGCGGAAACGGAUGCAGACGGUCAACGCCAGAGCAAAGACUACGGAAAAAAUGUCUACCACUUUGGGACCCAAAUCCUUUAGCAUCGACCGCUUGCUAGCCAUUUUUUACGCUAUUCUUGAGGAGAAAGUAGGCUUGACCUGCAAUCUCCUCUCUCAGAUCUCAACCCUGGUGCACCUUAAGCUCCUAAGCUUCGUUUCCGGCGAGCAGAAUAUUAUGGAUGGCUCUGCACGGCUGCAAUGCACCAUUGGUCUUGAGUUUGUAUUGCAGAUUGGAAAGGUUGUGGGCUUUAAUGUCCGCCAGUACCUCUGCGAUUUUAUGUAGUCCGUUUUGUUUUUUCAGUUUUUAAAUAUAUUCAAUAAAUAGUCCGGUACAUCGCUUA